AGUGUCAGUGAUGCAUGAGAAUAGAUUUCUUCAUCGUGACAUUAAACCAGAUAAUUUUGUUAUAGAUUAAGGACCUAAUGCUAAGUCUUUAUAUUUAAUUGAUUUUGGAUUAUCAAAACAUUAUAUUGUAUUAUAUAUAAUGUAUAAAUUUAGAAUAGUAAAGGAGAACAUAUUGCUUAUGUUAAAAAGGCAGGACUUAUUGGAACUGCUAGAUAUGCUUCUAUAAGUGCACAUGAAGAAAUGGAAUAAGGAAGAAGAGAUGAUCUUGAAAGUAUAGGAUAUGUUCUUAUAUACCUUGCUUCAGGUAAUUUACCUUGGAUGAAUUUAUAAAUAGAUUCUAAAGAUGCUAAAUAUGCUAAAAUUUAUUAAAUUAAAAAAGAAAUUAAAAUUGAAGAUUUAUGUUUUAAUCUACCUAAAGUAAGAUUUCAUUUAAUUCUAGUGUUUUUAUUUCUUUAUGAAUGAUAUAAAAUCAUUAGAAUUUUCAGAAAAUCCAAAUUAUGAUAAAUUAAAAUCUUAUUUUGAAAAAGAAAUUGAAAAUAAUAAUAGUAAAUAAAAUAUGUAUGGCUAAACAUUUGCAUAUGAUUGGGAAAGAUUACCAGAAUAUAGUAAAUAAAAAAAACAUCAGACUAUUCAUGUUAUGCAAGUAAAUUGUUAUUAAUCUAGAAUCAAGACAAAAGGUAAUAAGUAGAAAUUGCAUACAAUCCACAUAAAUUAAAUUAAAUAUCUAAACAAAAUUAAUUUAUAAAUUAAUAAACCAAAGAUUCAUAAUAAAAAUCUACUUAAAAUUAACAUCUAACAUUUGAAUAAAUAAUGAAUGAAAAAAGAAAAGGUACAAAAAGGACAGUAUACAGUCCUACAGGUAAAAGUAAAAAAACACCACUUAUGAUUAAUAUUUAAGAAAAUAAUGAUUUUAAUUAAUAAAAUUUAUUAUCACCAAUUAAACCUGAUGAUAGUAGAAUUUUAAGAAUAUAGAAUCAUUCUUCAACAUUACUUUAAAAUCCUUAACUUAAUUCAUCAUAUUAAUUAGACUCUUUUAUUUUACCAUCUGUAGCUACUUCUAGAAUAAAUAAUUAUUUUGAAAGUGAAGGUGUAGUAAGUGAAGGUGGAGGAUUACCUAUAUGGGAUCUAUGCAAUGGAUCUAAACCUGAAUUCUAAAAAGUAACAGGAAUUUUAGAUGGAAUAAAGAAACCUAGUUUAAUAAUUUUAAGAAAAGAAAGAAAAGCACAUACAUGUAAAUUGUUUGUCUAAAAAUAUAGAAAUUGAUACUGUUAAAUUAAUGCAAGAAUUAUUUGUUCCUCCUAUUUAAUUAAUUGGAGAUUAAGAAUCAAAUGUUGAAGGUUUAGAAUGA